AUGCGUAGUAAGCAUCCUGCAAGCGCGCCGUCUCCUCUCCCUAACGUCCAUGUUACCAACUAUGGGCGCAUCAACUCGCCCGGUGACGACAUCCGGGUAGACAUGGCGAAAGAGAAGCGCCAACCGGCGGGGAGCUCCAACGCCGGCUCUGGCGCAAGUUGUGACGAGGAAGAGGGCAACGAAGACGCCGGCGACGAAGAUCAUGGCGACGAGGACGAAGAGGACUGCCCGGAAAACGGCCACGACGACAGCGCAUCUGGUGACGAGGUGCCUGCCGGAGGCAUCGACGAUGACGACUGGUGGAUGCAGCCGAUAGGCUCCGGCGACGAUGUGGAGGAGUGGCACGCCGGCGACGAUGACGAUGACGGAGGCGCGGAUGCGGUUGCUGAUGCGGCGGCGGAUGCGACGGUAGAAGCUCAGGCGGCGGGUGCAGAUGCGGAGGCGGAAGCAGAUGCGGAUGCGGAGGCGGAUGCAGAUGCGGAUGCGGAGGCGGAUGAAGAUGCGGAUGCGGAGGCGGAUGCAGAUGCGGAGGCCGAAACAGGCGCAAAUACGGCUGCUGUUGUGGUGGCGGAGGCGGGUGAUGGCCGUGAUGCUGUCUUCUUCGAAGGCGAGGACGACGCGGACGACCCAUGGCGCGUCUCGUCAGAUGAUGACGUGCCUCUGUUGAAGAGGCGGCUGCGUCACAGCCUAGGCGUGUCCCGGAAAAAAACCCGGGUGCUGCUCUCGGACGACGACAGCCCGGAUGAGGAGCGGCGACCCCGCGUCCCUGCUGCUGACAAGGGGAAGGCUAAGGUGGUUGAGGUUCCUGCUAAGGUCGCCCCUCGCGUCGGACAGAGCAAGAAGAAGUGGAAGGACGAUGGCGACCCGGGUUCAAGCAAAGGCGCGAAGAGGCAGAAGAAGAAGGCUGUCAAGAACAAGGACGACAUCUUGGUAAAUGAGGCGCAGGGCAGUGACGACGACUACGCGGAGGCUGCAGGCCCCAUGCCUUCAUUCCCUGAGAAGGCGAAGCCAAAAGACCCCACCAUCUGUAAUGCUAACUCCCGCCCCCCUUCCCCACGCAGUCGCGGGAUUAAACGGACCAGGCGGAGCUGGUCCGUGCGCGAAAAGGUGAAGUGGGCGCGUCGCUACGCGGAGCUCGGCUCCCUCAAGAAGACCUCGGCCGAGAGCACCACCGAUGUCACCGAAGACAUGUGCCUCGGGGGCACCACGGGCGACAACACGCGCCUGCUUGGGAAGGCUCCCGAGGAGGAGGAGGAGGAGGAGAUGCAGGCGGAGGGCGUGAAAGAGGUGGCCGUGGCCACCGGCCUGGAGGUGCUGUACCAGGAGACCCCUCACUACCGGGGAGCGGCGGCCGAGGCUGACCGCAUGAUCGAGCCCGUGCAGACAGCCAGGCACGCCUGGCGAGUGCCAGACUUGGGGAUGCAGGAGCCACCAUCUACUAGUGCAAAUGAGGGCGUAACAGAGGGGGGCUAG